AUGACGGUUUCAGACUUAUUAAAAUGGGCACAAGAGAAGGGCACAUUCAUCUCUUCAGAUGUAGAGUUUAAAGAAUUAUCUCAAGGGAAUAUUGGAGCUAUAUAUACGGGUAAUUCAAACGGUGAAUCAAAAUCAUCAGAUGAUUUUGAUCUUCAACUUCCGAUAGAUCUUGCAAUAACUUUAAAUAGGGCAAUUGAAUCCUUUAACGAGAGUGGACAUGGUGAUUUCCGUGAUAUUGCUAAAAAGACAUCGAAUGUUAACUCUUUGUUGAAGAUGUUCUUGGCUCGAGAAAGAGCAUCGACCAGAUUGAAUUCAUCGUACUUCAAGCCUUAUUUAUCAUUAUUGCCUAAUUUAAGUGACAUCAACUCUCCGUACUGUUGGACUCCUCAGGAGAAAGCUCUCAUUAAGGGAACAAACUUGGGUAAUUCCUUAAAAGACAAUGUUGGACAAUUGGUCGAAGAAUGGUGGCAAGUGAUAAACCUUUUGCCACAAGAAUUGCCAAAGCCAGAAGAGCAUUUCAUUAAUAUGAAGUUCUACUACGAGAAUAAAUUUUACAAUGAUGAUGAUAUGUACAAUUAUUUUAUUGUCGACGAACCAAAAAAUAGAGACAAUUGGACUAGUUUUCCUUGUUAUUUGUGGGCAUCCUUAAUUUUGAAAUCGAGAUCAUUUCCUGCUCAUCUACUCAGGGGCCACGUCAAGAACUCUGAAAUUAAAGAAGAUGAAGCCAUGUUACUUCCAAUAAUAGACCUUUUGAAUCACAAUAUGAAUGCUAAAGUAGACUGGUCUGUUUCUUCUUCAAAUUCAUGUACAUAUUUCAACUUCAGAUCGAACUCAGCUGUGCCAGGUGAACAGUUGUACAAUAACUAUGGAAUGAAGGGAAAUGAAGAGUUAUUGUUAGCUUACGGAUUUUGUCUUGAAGACAAUUCGGCCGAUUCUGCAGCAUUAAAGAUUAAAGUACCUUUAGAGAUGUUACCAGAAUUAGAGUCACAGGGGGUUAAAUUGCCCACUGCAAGUGAUUAUACGACUUCUGUCAUUAGAAAUACAGAAGAAGCUAAACCAGAUACCAACACAGAUUACAGUCAGUACGAAAAUGGACUUUUAUUCUUCAUAACCAAAGACCACUUACCAGAUAACUUGAUCAAAUUAUUUCAAUUUUUAGUCAAAAAUAAAUGGGAAGAUAAAUUAACAUUGAGAACGCAACUAGCUGGGUUGAACCAAUUACGUCAAGCCAUUGAAACCAAAAGUGAUAUUCUCAAGACCCUUUCUAUUCCUGAUAAAAAUGAUACAAACUUGAAUAAUAUUAGAAUCUAUAUUUUAUCGCAAAAGAAAAUUUUUGCUGCCACCAUUAAGAAAAUCAAGCAUUUAGAGAAGGAUUUGUUAGCUGAAUUCAAAUUGCAUCUAAUCACUUUAAAGAAUGUCUACAAGAAAGAUUUGAAAUUCCAACAAUCGCUAUUGAUUAGUUUAGGUAUUUCGUCGUAUGAUGCGAUAAUCGAAUCUCAAUUCCAAGACCAAUGCUGGUUAUUAUAUUUGAUGCGUUGCUACAAUAGAGACGAGUAUAUCAAAACAGAUAAGGACGAAGAAGAUAAUUAUUUGCCAGAAUGGAUACACCAUCUGUUUAUUAAACUUGCAAAAGAAACAGAGGUUACGGCCGCAGAGAUUGUAAGCUACAAAGAAAUAUAUCAAAGUUUGAUACCUAGACUUGCAGAGAUUGUGCCAGAAAUAUAUGGAAGAGGUAAGUGGGGCGUUGAUGAAAUGAUAAUCAGUGCCAAAUUAUUAGAUCUCAUUGGCUUCGUACGAGGUAAGGACCAAGAAUGUAUAUUGGUUGAACCAUUUGAUAAAUAG